AUGUUCAAGAGCGGUAUUUCCUCUUUCGCCCGCGCGGCUCGCCCUGCCUUCCAGGCUGCGGCUCCUCGCGCCGUCAAGCCCGCUCCCUUCCGCGCCCUCAACACCCGCUGGGCUAGCACGACUGCUGCUGGCGACGGCAAGAUUCACCAGGUCAUCGGUGCCGUCGUCGAUGUCAAGUUCGACACUGCCAAGCUCCCUGCCAUUCUCAACUCCCUCGUCACCGACAACCAGGGCCAGAAGCUCGUCCUCGAGGUCGCGCAACACCUUGGUGAGAAUGUUGUCCGCUGCAUUGCCAUGGAUGGUACUGAGGGUCUCGUUCGUGGUGCCAAGGCUACCGACACUGGUGCCCCUAUCACCAUCCCCGUUGGCCACGGCACUCUGGGCCGCAUCAUGAACGUCACUGGUGACCCCAUUGACGAGCGUGGUCCCAUCAAGACGGACCAGUACCUUCCCAUCCACAGGGAGGCCCCGGAGUUCGUUGAGCAGUCGACCUCUGCCGAGAUUCUCGUCACUGGUAUCAAGGUCGUCGACCUAAUCGCCCCCUACGCCCGUGGUGGAAAGAUUGGUCUCUUCGGCGGUGCCGGUGUCGGCAAGACUGUCUUUAUUCAGGAGCUCAUCAACAACAUCGCCAAGGCUCACGGUGGUUACUCUGUUUUCACUGGUGUCGGUGAGCGUACCCGUGAGGGUAACGAUCUGUACCACGAGAUGCAGGAGACGUCCGUCAUCCAGCUCGAUGGUGACUCCAAGGUCGCACUUGUCUUUGGUCAGAUGAACGAGCCCCCGGGUGCCCGUGCCCGUGUCGCCCUGACUGGCUUGACCGUCGCUGAGCACUUCCUGCUUCUCUUCAUUGACAACAUCUUCCGCUUCACUCAAGCCGGUUCCGAGGUGUCUGCCCUCCUGGGACGUAUCCCCUCUGCCGUCGGUUACCAGCCCACCCUGGCUGUCGACAUGGGUGGUAUGCAGGAGCGUAUCACCACCACCAGCAAGGGUUCCAUCACUUCCGUCCAGGCCGUCUACGUCCCCGCUGACGAUCUGACUGACCCUGCCCCCGCCACCACCUUCGCCCAUCUUGACGCCACCACUGUGCUGUCGCGUGGUAUCUCUGAGCUGGGCAUCUACCCCGCCGUCGACCCUCUCGACUCCAAGUCCCGUAUGCUGGACCCUCGUGUCAUCGGCCAGGACCACUACGAUACCGCUACCCGUGUCCAGCAGAUCCUCCAGGAGUACAAGUCCCUCCAGGACAUCAUUGCCAUCCUGGGUAUGGACGAGCUUUCCGAGGCCGAUAAGCUCACCGUCGAGCGUGCCCGUAAGAUCCAGCGUUUCCUGAGCCAGCCCUUCACUGUUGCCCAGGUCUUCACUGGUAUCGAAGGUCAGCUUGUCGAUGUCAAGGAGACCAUCAACUCCUUCAAGGCCAUCCUCAACGGUGAGGGUGAUCAGCUCCCCGAGGGUGCCUUCUACAUGGUUGGUGACUUUGCCUCGGCCAAGGCCAAGGGUGAGAAGAUCCUUGCCGAACUCGAGAAGUCCGCUUAA